CAGUCAUCAAGUACCACACACCAAUGAGGUCACCAAGACAUGAGAGAAUUGUGUCCUGCACCACAAUCAGGUCUCAUCUUCCUGUGCGCUGUAACAUUUGCAGUGUUGGCGAUUGCGUAUAGCCUGAGCGAUGAGUCACUAUCACCCAGUGUUACCACUCCUAGUCAGCAAAGUGAUGCCAACUUAAUCGGCUCCAGAGCUGUAACAACACUGAAAUUUGUCGUCGCAAUAUCCAGGCAUGGUAACAGGGGGCCUCAAUUUACUUAUCCAAGCUGCCCUUAUCAAAUGAAUGACACCAAGUUUUGGCCUUACGGUCCAAAAGAGCUGACAGAGCUUGGUCGCAUCCGAAUGUAUAACUUAGGGAAGCAGUUCCGUUCCAUGUACAGUGGGUUUCUGGGAGAUAUCUACCGGCCUGGGGAGUUCCAAGCUUAUAGCACAUCUACGCAGCGCACUCUGGAGAGCGCUGAGCUGUUCCUCGCCGGACUGUUUCCUCCCACAGGAUUCCAGGUCUGGAACAGGAACCUGCUGUGGCAGCCUAUACCUAUCUAUCCUAACCCUCGAGACCGUAAUUCCAUGGUGCGUCCAUGGGGACCAAACAUUUGUCCUAUAUUCCGAGAAGAUCAGAACAAAUCCAUGGCAGAGUUUGAACAGAAGUAUGACUCUGAACUCAACGAGUUCUUUGCACAAGUUCUUCCUUAUUCCGGAUACGAUAUGGAUACAUACAACCAAACCACAAAAACAGUUGCAGGCAUUCCAAGAUAUAUCGCUUUAUACUCUUUUUGGGAAUCAUUCUUACAUCCGCAAGAAGACGGGCUGCCUCUGCCUGAAUGGUCUAAAAAAGUAUACCCGCAGCCGCUGGGGUUUCUAAUGUCCAAACUACUUCAAGCCAUAGCAAUCGGCACUGACCAUCAGACUAGAUUCUUGGAAGGAGAACUCUUCCAAGAAAUAGUAGAGCUGAUGCGGACAAAGGUAAACAAACUCUUUGGAGUCAGACAAAAAGAUGGUGUACUACUCUGGCCACGACAAUACUCUACUCGGCCUCCAGGCCAUUCUGGGAUUGAACAAAGAAAUUCAUCGGUCCCGUGA